UACAGCUUCUCUCUCAAUUCUCUGGACUCCAAAAGUGGGCCCACCUUCAUGCACAAGGACUCCACUGGCGGAGAUGGGGCAAGGGGAGUGGAGAGACAAGGCCGUCCCCUUGCCUUUAAAGCCAGCCGGCAGUACGCCACUUUGGCCGACGUCCCCAAGGCCAUUAGGAUCAGUAACCGGGACGCCUUCCAAGUGGAGAAGAAGCGACUAGAGCGACGGUCCCGGGCCCGUAGCCCUGGAAGAGAAGAGGUGGUUCGGCUCUUCGGCAGUGAAAGGAGGUCUUGUUGCUCUUCGCCUUCUCCUGCUGUGUGACGUGUCCACCUUUAUACUCCGCCUGCUUCGCUA